GGCGCGGAGCAAAGUUUGAGGAGCCGCCUGACAUCACCGCCUCUCCCCACCCAGAGCGGGGUGAGAGGUGGACGCCCAGGGCGGCCCCGGAGGACUCGGCCGCCGCGCGGGGACAAAGUUCCUCUGGAAGCCCUCUCGUCCCCGGACGCCGAGGAGGAAGGCACGGCCUCCCCUCAGCCUGGACGGGGAAGGAGCGGGGGCUGCGGGCUCUGGCGGCCGUGACCGCCCUCGGAGCUGCCUGCCCGGCCGGGCGAGCUGCCCCGCGUUCGAGUUCGGGACGGCUCAUCCGGCCCGUCUGGAGCUGGCCGCCCCGAGUUCCACGGAUGCUCGGCUCUCGGCGGCGUGUUUGUUGAUCCCCGGGGACUCUGCCGGCGAGGACGGAGCCCCCGCCAGCGCCCGGAGACGGCCGCCGGCCACAGACUGCGGGGAAACAGCCGCCUGUUCUUUCCAGACCCCGAGAAGAUGUCCCUGCCCCGAGGGAAGGACCGUUAGGGCGGACACGCUGCCCCCCGCCGCCGGGAGCCGCAGGGGGCCCGCGGCCAGCCCCGGGCGCACCAUGCGGGGGCUGCUGCGCGGCUGCUGGCCCUCCUGGCUGCUGCUGCUCCACUGCAGCUUCCAGGUGCGUCCGGCCCUCUGCAGGUCCCAGGCCCACCCAGGGUUCGAGGUCUUGCUCACUGCUUCCCACUACUGGCCCCUGGAGCCCGUGGACGGCAUCCAUGAACUUCAGGAAACGACCGGAGCAUGGCCCGCCCACAACCUCACUGUGCUCCCCUCCCAUAACACUGCCUUUGUGCUCACCAACGACUCCGCCUACUCCAACGCCUCCGCCACCGUAGACAUCGUGGAAGGGAAGGUGAGCAAGGGCAUCUACCUCAAGGGGGAGAAGGGCGUCACGCUGCUGUACGACGGGAGGCGCGGGACCUCCUGCCUGAGCAACCUGGCCCGGUGCGGCCCCGAAGGGGUCACCUUCUCUUUCUUCUGGAAGACCCAAGGCGCGCAGUCCCGGCCGGCCUCCUCUGCGUACGGCGGGCAGGUCAUUUCCGAGGGGUUCAAGAUCUGCUCCAGUGACGGCAAGGGCUCCGUGGAGCUGUACGCGCGGGACAAGUUCAUGACGUGGGAGGCCACCUUCAGCCUGCCAGGCCCCUACUGGACGCACGUCCUGUUCACCUGGAGGUCCAAGGAGGGCCUGAAGGUCUACGUCAACCGCACCCUGAGCGCGGCGGACCCCCGCGGGAAGGUGUCCCACGCCUACGGGGAGCCCGGCGCCAACCUGGUGAUCGGCUCGGGGCAGGACCGCAGCAGGUGCUACGAGAACGGGGCUUUCGACGAGUUCGUCAUCUGGGAGCGGGCGCUGACGCCGGAGGAGGUCGCGCUGUACUUCUGGGCGGCCGUAGGAAAGCACAGCGGGCUGUCCCCGACACCGCCCAGCUUCCUCGUCACGCCCACGGCCGGCGCCCCGGUGCCCACCGACGCCUACCGCCCAGUCAUCGCCAACCUGACGGAGGAGCGGAGAAACUUCCAGAAUCCCGGGGUGGUGCUGAACUACCUGCAGAACGUGUCCCUCAGCUUGCCCGACAAAAGCCUCUCCCCGGACACGGCGCGGAACCUGACCGAGACGUUCCUGCGGACGGUGGGGGAGCUGCUGCUGCUGCCCAGCUGGACGGCCGUGUCCGAGGACGACGCCGUGGUGCCGGGCCUGAUAGACACCGUGGACACCGUCAUGCGGCACAUCUCCUCCAACCUGCACACCGACGGGUCCCCGGUCGCCUUCGCGGGCUCCUCCUCCUUGGCAGAGUUCUCCGUGGCCAAGCUCCUGCCCAAGACCUUGAACUUCUCCCACUACCGCUUCCCAGCCCAGGGCUCCAGCUACAUCGAGAUCCCCCACGAGGCCUUCCGCAGCCACGACUGGACCACCGUCGUGGGCCUGCUCUACCACACGAUGCACCGCUACCUGAGGAGCAUCCGCCCGGACGGCACCAGGAUCGCCGAGGCAGCGGCUCACCAGGGCUGCCUGCUGUCCGCCGCCAGCCACCUCAUCUCCCUGGAGGUCGCCCCGCCGCCCACGCUCUCCCAGAACCUGUCGGCCUCUCCGCUGGUCACCGUGCGUCUGGCCCACGAGUUGACGGACAGGCAGCACCGCGAGGCCGCCAACGAGAGCAACCGCGUCUUCCUGUACUGCGCCUUCCUGGACUUCAGCUCCGGGCAGGGCGUCUGGUCGAACGAGGGCUGUGUCCUGGCCGAGGGGACCCUGGGCUACUCGGUCUGCCGCUGCAUGCACCUCACCAACUUCGCCAUCCUCAUGCAGGUGGUCCCGCUGGAGCUCACGCACGGACACCAGGUGGCGCUCUCGUCCAUCAGUUACGUCGGCUGCUCCCUGUCCGUGCUCUGCCUGGCCGUCACGCUGGUCACCUUCGCCAUGCUCUCCUCCGUCAGCGCCAUCCGGAACCAGCGCUACCACAUCCACGCCAACCUGUCCUUCGCUGUGCUGGUGGCCCAGGUCCUGCUGCUCGUCAGCUUCCACUGCCAGCCAGGCACGGUCCCCUGCCGGGUGCUGGCCGUGCUCCUGCACUUCUUCUUCCUCGGCGCCUUCGCCUGGAUGCUGGUGGAGGGCCUGCACCUCUACAGCAUGGUGGUCAAGGUCUUCGGCUCGGAGAACAGCAAGCUCCGCUCCUACUACGGGAUAGGCUGGGGUCUCCCUCUUCUGAUCUGUGUCAUCUCGGUGUCCUGUGCCGUGGACAGUUACGGGACCGGGAACAACUGCUGGCUGUCGCUGCAGAGUGGCGCCGUCUGGGCCUUCGUGGCCCCCGCCCUGCUCGUCAUCGUGGUCAACGUGGGCAUCCUCGUCGCAGUGACCAGGGUCAUUUCGCAGAUCAGCGCCGACAACUAUAAGGUGCACGGAGACCCCAGUGCCUUCAAGCUGACAGCCAAGGCUGUGGCCGUGCUGCUGCCCAUCCUGGGCACCUCGUGGGUCUUCGGCGUGCUGGCCGUCAACCAUGAGACAGUGGCCUUCCAGUACAUCUUCGCCAUCCUCAACUCCCUGCAGGGCUUCUUCAUCUUCCUCUUCCACUGCCUCCUGAACUCAGAGGUGAGAGCCGCCUUCAAGCACAAGACCAAGGUCUGGUCCCUGAGCAGCAGCUCCGGCCGCAGCGCCCUCCCGAAGCCCUUCGGCUCCGACGCGAUGAACGGGACCCGGCUGGGCACAGCCUCCUCCAAGUUCAGCCCCUGGGACAAGAGCAGCCACUCGGCCCACCGCGUGGACCUGUCGCCCGUAUGAGCGGAGGCCCCGCUCGGCCCGCAGCCCCGGCCCACACCCCCCGCAGGCUGAGCGGUUCUCCGUCGGGCUGCACAGGCCGCCCCACGUCACGGCCCACAGUGGGCCUGGGGCCCUGAGAGCCCACGGGACCCGGGGGCACGGCCCCCAGAGGGGCGGCCGCAUCUGCUCCAGGAGGGGGCCCGGGACCUGGAGGCAGGUUCCCUCGAGGGGUUUAAGGCUGCUGAGCCCCCCGGGAGCCGGGCCGAGCGCAGGGGGCGCGUGGGGCAGAGGAGGAGGAACGUGUCCCCUGCCGGCGGCACCCAGCGGCACCCAGCGGCACCCAGCGGCACCCAGCGGCACCGGGCUCCCGGCAGCCAGGCCGGUUCCGGUGCCGGAAACUCGCUCUCACACUGUGACCUGGCCCCUCCUCUCGCCCGCACGCCCGCUCCUCACGGCGUCCGGCGGAACCUCCUCCGGCCUCUGGCACCUCCCUCACGCCCCUCGCCCCGGUCAUGGGGGCGUGACCAUCGCCCACAGGCACCCCCCACCGAGGCAGGGGUCACGCGGAGCCGCAUGUCCAUGGGGCGGGGGGGGGGGAACCUCUGUCCGUCCAGCGAGGGCCCGGGCGCACCAGCCCACCAGCCCUUGAGACGGUGCCUCACACCUCGUGCGCAGCCCCCGGGGGUAUGCGGGGGCGCCCCUGGCCGGCGCGGCUUGUCCUCCGGACCCGGGAGCAGGCCCCGGCCCCGCCGUGUGCACCGGAGGGAGGACACUGUGCUCCUGGGACUCACACGCGGACGUCUGUCCCCUCGCUGCGCUCCCGCUCCCGGGGGGGCGUGACUCGUCGGGAGACGCAGUGCCGACCUUCCGCUUCUCGUGAGUGAACGGUGCACUUCAUCUAUGCGCUGCACAUCCUGGCUCCCGCGAUGUUCUAUCAUCUCCGUGCGGUUCGGCCAAGGACAGAGAGUGGCAGGGAACCGAGUGCCCGGGCAGCCCCGGCCCAGGGCAGACGGGGAACACGCUGCUGCGUAGAGAAGCCGUGUUGCGAUUCUGGUGAAAUAAAGCCUCCGUGUCCG